GCUCGCGUUUUGUGCUUGUGUGAGGUCCGGGUGAGCGGCUGUGACCCCAUGGCGGACCCCCGGGAGGAAUCGGAGCCCCUUCUGAGCCGGACCCGCGGCGCCAGUGGCCGCGAUUCCCCGGCGGGCGUACCCUCCUGUCACAGCGUCCAAGUCGGCCCUGGUGCCGUGGCCGGGCGGGAUCUGUGCUUGGACCAGGCCGUGGUCUUCAUCGAAGAUGCCAUCCAGUAUCGCUCCAUCAACCACCGCGUGGACGCGAGGUCUCUGUGGCUGUACCGACGGUACUACUCCAGCAUGAGCCAGUGGAUUCUGAGCUUCACCAUUUUCUUGAUCCUGGCUUUGGCUUUUGUUGAGACCCCCUCCUCACUCACCAGCACCUCUGAUGUGCGCUACCGCUCGGCCCCCUGGGAGCCGCCCUGCGGCCUGACCGAGGGCAUCGAGGCGCUCUGCCUGCUGGUCUUCGCGGCCGACGUCUCCGUGAAGAGCUACCUGGUGGGGUGGGCCCAGUUCCGGAAGAACCCCUGGCUGCUGGCCUACCUCGUGGUGCUGCUUGUGUCUCUCGUGGACUGGAUCGUGUCGCUGAGCCUCGUUUGUCAGGAGCCCGUGCGGGUGCGCCGGCUCCUGCGCCCCUUCUUCCUGAUGCAGAACUCCUCCAUGAUGAAGAAGGCUCUCAAGUGCAUCAGGUGGUCGCUGCCAGAGAUGGCCAGCGUUGGGCUGCUGCUGGCCGUCCACCUGUGCCUCUUCGCCAUGCUUGGGAUGCUGCUCUUUCCCGGCGGGAAGGACGACAGGCAGGACAGGGAGCGGCUGACCUACUUCCGCCACCUGCCCGAGGCUCUGACCUCCCUCCUGGUGCUGCUGACCACCGCCAACAACCCUGAUGUGAUGAUUCCUGCCUAUUCCAAGAACCGGCUCUACGCCAUCUUUUUCAUAGCCUUCACCCUGAUAGGGAGCUUGUUUUUGAUGAACCUGCUGACGGCCAUCAUCUACAAUCAGUUCCGGGGCUACCUGAUGAAGUCUCUGCAGACCUCACUGUUGCGGAGGCGCCUGGGGAUCCGGGCUGCCUACAAGGUCCUCUCAUCCGUGACAACAGAGGGAGAAGCCCACCCCAAGGGAGUCGGGGUGAAGCCCCAGGACAUCCUGCAGGUGCUUCAGAGAGUCCAGCUGGACAGUGACCGCAAACAGGCCAUCAUGGAGAAGCUGCAUUCCCGCAGUGGGGACCUGCUGUCAGCUGACGAGUUUCAGAAACUCUUCGAUGAGUUUGACAAAAGGGUGAUUAAAGAGCACCCUCCGCGGCCCGAGUACCGGUCUCCGUUUCUGCAGAGCGUCCAGUUCCUCUUCGGCCACCGCUACUUUGACUACCUGGGCAACAUCGUGGCCCUUGGAAACCUCGCGACCAUCUGUGUGUUCCUGGUGUUGGAUGCAGAUGUGCUGCCCGAGGACCGUGAUGACUUCGUGGUGGGGAUUCUCAACUGCGUCUUCAUCCUGUACUACCUGCUGGAGAUGCUGCUCAAGGUGUUCGCUCUGGGCCUGCAGGGGUACCUGGCCUCCUCCAGCAACGUGUUCGAUGGGCUGCUCACCGUCGUCCUGCUGGUUUUGGAGAUCUCAACUCUGGCUGUGUACUGCUUCCCACACCCGGGCUGGAAGCCGGAGAUGCGGGGCCUGCUGUCGCUGUGGGACAUGACCCGGCUGGUGAACAUGCUCAUAGCCUUCCGCUUCCUGCGCGUCAUUCCCAGCAUGGAGCUGAUGGCCGUGGUGGCUAGUACCAUCCUGGACCUGAUCAAAAACAUGCGGGCUUUCGGCGGGAUCCUGGCGGUGGUCUACUACAUCUUUGCCGUCAUCGGCAUCAUCCUGUUCCGAGGUGUCAUCGUGGCUCCUGGAAACAGCAGCCUGGCCCCUGACAACGGCUCCGCGCCGUGCGGCAGCUUCGAGCAGCUAGAGUACUGGACCAACAACUUUGACGACUUUGCCGCCGCCCUGGUCACUCUGUGGGACGUGAUGGUGGUGAAUAACUGGCAGGUGUUCCUGGACGCCUUCCGGCGCUACGCAGGCCCCUGGUCCAAGAUCUAUUUUGUGCUGUGGUGGCUGGUGUCGUCCGUCAUCUGGGUCAGCCUGUUCCUGGCUCUGAUUCUGGAGAACUUCCUUCACAAGUGGGACCGCCGCAGUCACCUGCAGUCCCUCACGGGGGACCUCGAGGCCACCUCUGAGGUGACCGUGGAGCUCUUGUUCAGGGAUGUCCUGGAGGAGCCCACGGAGGAGGAGCUGAUAGAGAAGCUGAGCCACCACCCACACCUGCAGCUGUGCAGGUGACGUCCAGGCGCCUUCCUGGCUGGGGCGGCGGCAGGUGAUGCGGCCUCGGGAUGGG